AUGCCCUCCACGCACCCCCCGCCCCCCGCCAAGGUCCUCGGCGUCCGCGGCGACACGUUGCGCUUGCUCCUCCGCACGGUCAUCUUCAUGUCCAUCGCCGGCGCCGCGGUGUCCGCGCGGCUCUUCUCGGUCAUCCGCUUCGAGCUGAUCAUCCACGAGUUCGACCCCUGGUUCAACUUCCGCGCCACGCGCUACUUGGUGUCCCACUCCUUCUACGAGUUCUUGAACUGGUUCGACGACCGCACGUGGUACCCCUUGGGCCGCGUGACCGGCGGCACGUUGUACCCGGGCUUGAUGGUCACGUCCGGCGCCAUCUGGCACGCGCUCAGAAACUGGCUCGGCAUGCCCGUGGACAUCCGCAACAUCUGCGUGUUGCUCGCGCCCGCGUUCUCCGGCGUCACGGCCGUGUUCACGUACUUGCUCACGCGCGAGAUGAAGGACUCCAACGCCGGCUUGUUGGCCGCGCUCUUCAUGGGCAUAGCGCCGGGCUACAUCUCGCGCUCCGUCGCCGGCUCCUACGACAACGAGGCCAUCGCCAUCACCUUGCUCAUGGCCACGUUCUACCUCUGGAUCCGCGCCAUGAAGACCGGCUCCGUGGGCCACGCCGCGGCCGCCGCGGCGCUGUACUUCUACAUGGUGUCCGCGUGGGGAGGCUACGUGUUCAUCACCAACUUGAUCCCGUUGCACGUGUUGGUGCUCUUGGCCAUGGGCCGCUACACCCCGCGCUUGUACGCGGCCUACUCCACCUGGUACGCCUUGGGCACGGCCGCGUCCAUGCAGAUCCCGUUCGUGGGCUUCUUGCCCAUCCGCUCCAACGACCACAUGGCCGCCUUGGGCGUCUUCGGCUUGCUCCAGUUGGUGGCCUUGGGCGCGUACGUGCGCGCCAGCGUGCCCUCCGCGCAGUUCCGCUCGUUCCUCGCCGUGUCCUUGGUCGUGGUGACGCUUGUGGGCGUGCUUGGCUUGGUGGCCUUGACCUCCGCUGGCUGGAUUGCGCCCUGGACCGGCCGCUUCUACUCCUUGUGGGACACCAACUACGCCAAGAUCCACAUCCCCAUCAUCGCCUCCGUGUCCGAGCACCAGCCCACCGCGUGGCCCGCGUUUUUCUUCGACACCAACAUGUUGGUGUGGCUCUUCCCCGCAGGCUUGUACUUCUGCUUCCAGGACUUGCGCGACGAGCACGUGUUCAUCAUCAUCUACGGCGUGUUCGCCACCUACUUCGCGGGCGUCAUGGUCCGCUUGAUGUUGACCUUGACCCCGGUCAUCUGCGUGGCCGCCGCCAUUGCCUUGUCCCAUUUGUUCGAUGCCUAUAUGAACAUCGUUGACUUGUUCCAGUCCGCGCCAGCGGACUCGGAGAAGAAGGUCUCGGAAAAGGCCCCCGCCAAGACCAGCAAGACUGCGUUCCCCGUGGUCCAGAUCUUGACCAAGGUUGUGGUCUUGGGCUCCUUCGUCUACUACCUUAUUUUCUUCGUCUUGCACUGCACCUGGGUCACGUCCAACGCCUACUCGUCUCCUUCCGUGGUCUUGGCCUCCAAGAACCCGGACGGGUCGCAGAACAUCAUUGAUGAUUACAGAGAGGCCUACUACUGGUUGAGAAUGAACACGCCCGAGGACGCCAAGGUCAUGGCCUGGUGGGACUACGGGUACCAGAUCGGAGGCAUGGCCGACCGCACCACCUUGGUCGACAACAACACCUGGAACAACACUCACAUCGCCACCGUCGGAAAGGCCAUGGCCGCCAACGAGGAGGUUUCCUACGAGAUCUUGAAGAAACACGAUGUCGACUACGUCUUGGUCAUCUUUGGCGGUGUUUUGGGUUACUCCGGUGACGACAUCAACAAGUUCUUGUGGAUGGUCAGAAUCUCCGAAGGCAUCUGGCCUGAGGAGAUCCACGAGAGAGACUACUUCAGUUCCAACGGUGAGUACAAGGUGGACCACGAAGCUUCCGACGCCAUGAAGAACUCCAUGAUGUACAAGAUGUCCUACUACAGAUUUGCCGAGUUGUUUGGCGGACGCGACGCUGUCGACAGAGUCCGUGGCCAGAACAUCCCCGCCGAUAGAAAGAUCACCUUGAACGCGGUUGAGGAAGCGUUUACUUCUCAAAACUGGAUUGUGAGAAUUUACAAGGUGAAGGACUUGGACAACCUCGGCAGAGACAUCUCGUCUGCAGGUGCAUUUGACCGCGACGAGUCCUCGAGGAGCACCAAGAGAAGCAGAGUGGUGAAGAAACCAUCCCUUGGAUUGAGAGAGUGA